CGGACGUGGAGAAACUUGCAUGUUGCGACUAUCCACAUGAUUGAAAGAUCAGCGGCAGCGCCAGCGCUCCCUCCCGCAGAUCCGUGAACGCCACACCGGUGUGUUUGGAUGCAAACUCAGCCUGGCUCAGACUGACAGCUCGCAGCUCCAAAUGUUAACGCGUUUUUAGUGUUAAAGGCCUGUCUGAGCGCGAUGGACCCCCGGACAGCCGGCUGAGAAGCACCAGCACGGACUCUCGGGAGAUUUUUAAUCUGUCGCCAAAUUAGGUUAUGGAUUUUAAUGGUCCUUACUCGGAUGCAAACCAUACGCCCAUGCGACGAUGUCAGUGGAUGUUGCUACUCUCAGUUUCCAGAGAAGAAGAGUUGGUCGUCCAGGCGGCCACUAGUCUCCAUCACCAGGCCGCUGCGCAGACACGGAGUCUGCGCGUUUGCAGCGCGCAGACCGGGCUGGAUGUUGAACAUGAUGGUGCCCCUUCACGGAUCUGUACUGAAUACCUGCCACCCAGCCAUCGGCGUGUCUCCCUAAGUCCUCAGCUGUCUUAAAUCGGACGGAGCCUUUUGGUGAAAGUCUAUUCAGGGAUAGUUGAAUAGGCUCACGAGUGGCCACGGGUAUGGGAUUUAUCCUGGACCGGCUUGUCGGGAUGUAAAGGAAUAUCCGCGGAUAUUUCCACACACAACAUGCAAGGAAAAACUGGCCCAUAUUUACGGAUAUGGCUGGCGGGGGAGGUGCACUGACUCCGGGCUGGAUGAGAAAUAAUGAGAACCCCUGCACAGAGGAUUUCACUCGGCUCAUACACAGACUGCGGUUUUUAUUGGCAGCCUAAUAGUUCAUUUUCCACAGCCUACUAAAAUUAAUCUGACAAUCAGCUGUUGUUUGAUUGUAAUCUCAGCGGCUGGUGAAGCUGUGUCUGGUCUCUCACACAAAAGCCAAUAAUGAAAAAUGAACACUAUUAACUUGUAUUUAUUUUCUCCCAGACUUUGAUUAGAACAUAAUUGCAACACAAAAACAUUAGUAUAUAUGUAACUGUUUUAAUAAUUGUUGGCUGCACUUGAUGAGUGACAAGGAUAUCAAUGUCACAACUUGAAGGCAUCUUUAUUUGAAAUAUUUCCAAGCACCUGCUGCUUUCUAGACAGACACACAAGACUCAUUUGUGAAGAGUCAAGUUGGUUUUCAUGGAUGUGGUCUGAGUGUCAUAGUUUGAGCUGAUAUACACAGUUACUGAAGGAACUUGCCUUUUGGGAAUACAUGUUAUUUAGACACUGUGUAGGAACAGCACAGGGGCAGCAGGUGACAGAAUUAGUAAAAGAUUCAGCAGCGCCAUGUGGUAAUGAGGGAGAGCCGGUCUUUGUGCCUCUGAUCCCCACUCCUCUCCUCAGGUGGUUGAGGGCACCUUGUCAGACUCAAUGGGCCCUGCAUGGAUUUUGUGUAUGAGUUGGCAGAAGGCAGGCCUAUAGCGUCAAACAGCAGCCGGGCUGCUAUGAACCCGUACGGUAGGGCGAGCAGUACAGCUGCCCCCCUAUCCUGCACCAGCUGUGGGGGCUGCUGCUCGCCGCCUCCCCCCUGCCUCAUUCCCCCAGGGACCCCUUUUUCUACUAGCUCCUCGUCUUCAAUGCCCCCAAAUAUAACCCCUCCACCACCAAUGUUUCCUGCCCCAGUUGUGCAGGUGGAAAAUGGUGGCAGCUGGAACUCCUCCACCAUCUCCUCCUCUGGCUCUCCAGACUCCUACUCUGGUCACAGAUGCGGGGCAAACAAUCCCAACCCCUACUGGACGGCGGUGUUUGACUAUGAGGCCACAGCAGAUGAGGAGUUGACCCUGAAGCGUGGGGACCUACUUGAGGUUCUCUCUAAAGACUCAAAAGUGUCAGGAGAUGAGGGCUGGUGGACGGGAAAGAUUCAAGACAAGGUGGGUAUCUUUCCAAGCAACUACGUCACAAGGGGAGACACGGCCAACUACCAACAGCUUACCGCAGGUGGGGUGGGUGAAAGCCCCUUAGAAGUUGACUUUUCAGAACUUCGCCUAGAGGAAGUGAUAGGAGCUGGUGGGUUUGGGAAGGUGUACAAAGGACUCUGGCGCGGAGAGGAAGUAGCUGUAAAGGCCGCAAGACAGGACCCAGAUGAAGACAUUAGUGUGACUGCUGAAAGCGUGCGGCAGGAGGCCAGGCUGUUCUGGAUGCUCCGGCACCCCAACAUCAUUGCCCUCCGCGGCGUCUGCCUACGCGAGCCCAACCUUUGCUUAGUGAUGGAGUACGCCAGAGGAGGAGCUCUGAACCGGGCCCUGGCUGGAAAGAAGGUCCCCCCGAGAGUUUUGGUGAACUGGGCGGUCCAAAUUGCAACAGGAAUGGACUACCUCCACAACCAGGCAUUCGUACCCAUCAUCCACAGAGACCUCAAAUCCAGCAAUAUCCUCAUUCUGCAGCCGGUGGAACGGGACGACCUGAGUGUGAAGACCCUGAAGAUCACAGAUUUCGGUCUGGCCCGGGAGUGGCACCAGACCACAAAGAUGAGUGCAGCAGGGACCUACGCCUGGAUGGCCCCGGAGGUCAUCAAGCUCUCCCUCUUCUCCAAGAGCAGCGACGUGUGGAGUUUCGGCGUGCUGCUCUGGGAGCUGCUGACCGGAGAGGUUCCUUACCGCGAAAUAGACGCGCUGGCGGUGGCUUACGGCGUCGCCAUGAACAAGCUGACCCUUCCCGUCCCUUCAACCUGCCCUGAACCUUUUGCUCAACUGCUGGGAGAGUGCUGGAGUCCCAACCCCCACAGCAGACCCUCCUUCACCAGCAUCCUGAGGCGACUCAUGGCCAUUGAGCAGUCGGCCAUGUUUCAGAUGCCUCUGGAGUCUUUUCACUCCUUACAGGAAGACUGGAGGUUAGAAAUCCAGCAGAUGUUUGAUGAGCUCAGGACCAAAGAGAAGGAGCUCAGGUCCUGGGAGGAGGCGCUGGCUCGGGCGGCAGAGGAGCAGAAGGAGCAGGAGGAGCAGCUGAGGAAGAGGGAGCAGGAACUGGCGGAGAGGGAGAUCGACAUUGUAGAACGAGAGCUGAACAUUAUUAUCCACCAGAUGUACCAAGAGAAACCCAGCGUGAAGAAGAGAAAGGGCCACUUCAAGAAGAGUCGACUACUGAAGCUGGGCAGAGACAGCAACUGUAUCAGUCUGCCCUCUGGAUUUGAGCAUAAAAUCACGGUGCAGGCAUCACCCAGUGUGGACAAGAGGAAGAACCAGGGCAGUGAGAGCACCACCCCACCUGCCAGCCCAGGGGUCAUUCCUCGCUUGCGAGCCAUCAGAUUGACACCAAGCGACGGCAGCAAGACGUGGGGUCGCAGCGCUGUAUGUAAGAAGGAAGACCUGACGACCAACAAGAAGAAGGGACGCACGUGGGGGCCGAGCUCCACCCACCAAAGAGAGCGAGUCGGUGGGGAGGAGAAGUUGAAAUCACUUGGUGAGGGAUGUAAAGUUUACUCCUCAAGCGCACCAAAUCUGGGCAAGUCGCCCAAGCAUGCACCCAUGACAGCCGGCUUCUCCAGCCUCAAUGAAAUGGAGGAGUGCUGUGAGUUUGAGGAAUCGCCAGGGUCUUUGCAGCCCUCGGAGACGAGCAGUAAUGGGGGACUGGAAGACUCGGGGUCCCUGUGGGGCAGCCUGGGGCCCAACAUGGGGCCUGCCGCUGCUGGCAGCAUCAUCUCCUGUCCGGCGUCUGGAGGCCUCGGGGCGGGCGUGAGCUACCAGGAAUCGGCUCGUCGCUGCAGCCAGAGGAAGAAGAGCGAUAUGCUGCUGUUAGGUUGUGCCUCUCUGCUUGCCUCCAUCGGUCUGGGACAAGACCUGCUGCAGCUGGGAAAACUGCAGGUUCUUCAGGAUGAGCAGGAGCUCAGAGAAGAGCAGCGGAAGAAGAAGGACAGUCUGUUCCAGCGAGCGGGUCGUUUACGUCGCAGCACCUCUCCUCCCAGCAGAAACCUCUCCCUGUCUCUCUCCAGACAUCACGACUCUGGGCUGGCGUGCAUGGACCCGUCUCCCUCUGUAACUCUCCUCUCUCUGUCCUCUCUGUCUGACUGCAACUCCACCAAGUCGCUCCUCCCCUCCGACUCGGACGAGUGCGCUCUGACCCCGAUGACCAGGGUCAAAAUGCCGCCGGCGCCUCCGGCUUCUGCUCUCAACCCACUGUUGGACCUUCGGGCCGAGAGCUUCAAGAAAGAGCCCAACCAGUCGCUCACGCCCACCCAUGUGUCUGCAGCCAUGGCUCUGAACAGAGGGCACAGACGCACCCCUUCAGACGGGGCCAUACGACCCCGGGCCCAGACUCUGGGACACCGCAGGACGCCGUCAGACGGGAGCAUGCCCAUGCCUCCUCCACCAGGAGCACCGCCCUUCACAGCAGGCAAAGGUACACAGGACACAUUGGACAUCCCUCGACUCCCUGACCCCUUCUCCGUUUUCCCAGUUCCCCAUCGGCGUAAAGCUCCUGCUCCCCCCAUCCCCGACCCGGAUCCCCUCUGCCUCAUCAACCCCCUGGAGAGGCCUAAGACACUGGAGUUUGCGCCCCGGCCCCGGCCCACGCCAGCGCGGAUAAGAGCCGAUCCCCGGAAGCUGGGCUCUCUGUCCCGGACGCUGAGCUCGUCCCCGGGCAGCAGCUGUGACAGCCCCCUCGGCUCGGGCGACAGCAGUGCCAGCGCCACGCAGCCCAACCUGAUGGACAUGGACAUGGAGGGCCAGAAUCAGGACCCCACAGUUCCUCUGUGUGGACAGCUGCAGCCUGCUGCUCUGUGAGGACAACAGUACUCGUAGUGAGGGGAAAAAACUAAACGAAAAACAACAUUUUUAAGUCUACUUUUUUCUUUUGCAUUCGGGACAUGAAAAGAAUCUGGAAUACCUGAUGAUGUCUGAGCCGAGAAAAGUGCAUUUGAGGAAGUUUGCAAAAACAACCACCUACUCGUCAUGUUUUAGGUACUUAAUGGAAGCCACUCCUCCCAUGUGUCCUAAGAAGGUGUGAAACCCCAAAAGCAUUACCGAGUAGUACUCUCUAACCUGCACAACACUGAAGCUCCAGGAGGCCUUUUAAAAGCCUUGUAGCGCUCUUGUCCAACUAUCUAACCUCCACUUCACCCCUCUUUCCCUCCUCGGAGGCCAUCUGCACCUGCUCCUUAGACCAGCUGAUAUUUCCUUCAAAAGCCAUUUAAGUACUUAAGGAAGCCAAUUUUUUGACUUUGCUAACUGGUCAUUUCAGUCCACUUGCUUCUGUUUUUCGCUCGUCUGUGCAGCUUUUCCGCUUAAAGGACAUUUGUAGUUCUGGACAGUCUAUCCAGAAGCUGGACUGCUUGUGAAUAGACUGCCCGUCUUAAUUUGCACAUCAUUUGUCCCAAAGUGCACAAACAUUUACCAUAAACUCUCCUCCAUCAGCUCUGCCUACAUCCUCACCCGUGUCCUCUCUCUUGUGUGGCACGCAUCAUCUUCGCUCCAAAAUCGAGACAGGAAAGCCUUUUUCUCUCAUUAUUGCUGGACUGGUUAAACCUUCAACCUUGUACAGUUAAAGAAACACAAAACAACAGGAUUUAUUUUCUCAGUGCUUGCAACCUGUUAGCAGAAAUGUGGUUUUAUCGGUUUGGCAGCCCAGGUGUGUUUUCUCUUGGUGUGACUGUGCAUACUGUAUAUUAGAUUACACGUGUGGAUGAACAAAGUGGGUCCAUUUAUGUGUGUGCUGGUGCUUUUUAUUUCCAGUGCAUGUUGUUUUACUUGUGAUUGCUUUGCUGUACGGUUUGUGCAGCGUUUAUUUCAAGGCUGCUGCACAUGCUCCAAUGUUUGUCUUGUUUAGAUGAAAACAUUCCUCUCUUGCCGUCAGUAGCACGUUGCAUGGAUCCCUCUCUCAUGCCACUGAAACCAAUGCAGAAUAGAAAACAGGCUACCUGAUUUCAACAACAACCUCAUGUUCUCGUAUUUUGAAACUUCAUCUCCUCUGACCUGCUGUCUCCAGCAUCAGUGACACUUUUAAGAGCAGCGUUACAGUAUGUGACUAGUUGGACUCUGUGGACUCAAAGCCACGGCUGACCAGUUGGCUCUCCUCUCCGAAGCUGUUUCCAUACAGCGGACAGCUUGCUGGCUGCAGAUGGCAUUUGCUUGACUGUGCAAACUUCUCUAGGUUAGUGCGCGUGUGAAAGAGAGAGUGGGUUUUGAGUGUGCGUAUGUGUGCGUUAAUAUUUGUAUGGGAUCACGACAAUCCCGUUGGUAGAAGAGUGAGCCCAAACUCAUUCUCUUUGUGCGGUUAAGAACACUGAGUAUUUAUUGACUAUAUUGUUAUUGUGGGAAAGGAUUAAUUAUUAUUUUAAUUUUCUUCCUGGGAUAUGUGUAUAUAUUUGUUAAUAUAGGAGGAAAAUCCAAGGAAAACCCGGGAAACUCCUUAUUGGGAACAUCCAUGUUGUCUUCAGUCCCAAACCUAUGACACGUCUGGGUUCAGUGAGGAAUCGGUGUGAAAUGUUAUGAAUGAAAGACAAAUAAAAAUCAAAGGAAAGAUGUUCCAGUACAUCUGGUUUUAUUAUUGCUUGGGCUCAAAUAAUAUCAGAUUAUGCAGUGAAAGGGCUCUGUGACUCACAUCAUUUCUACUCGAGGUGGAGUGCGAACUAAAGUUCAGUGAUUUUAAAGCUCAGGGUCUCCAGAUACAUCAGAGUAGUUGUGAGACUAAUAGAAAGAUUAUUUUGAUUAUUAAUUAAACUCAAACUAAAAACAGCUGUAAAACUUUAGCAAAUAUCCUUUUUUUGCGUGUGACGCAAUAUUUCUUUUGGUCACACUCUUGAUUAGGGGUCAGUAUCCUUUUUGCAAAAAAUGUGUUUUUUUAACGGUUCAGACUUGAGCCAACAUUUAUAAAGGUACACUACUGCACAACGGAUGUUCAGAGGGCUCCUCAGGUCCGAGUGAGUGAAUGAUGAUACUUAACCUCUUAAACCUUGCUUCACAAGAUCCUUCUGUAAUAUCAGUUGAGGUUAAAUUAGAAAGGCUAAAAGAAAAUGGAAACUAAUAACGAGUUAAACAGUGUAAGCUGUGAUAACAGCCUGAGAAAAUAGAGUGAAAUCAGAAAUGGUACUG